AUGGAGGAGGUGCGUGGUUUUCCAGGCAUGUUGGGAAGCAUUGAUUGUAUGCAUUGGGAAUGGAAAAAUUUCCCAGUUGCACGGAAAGGCCAAUCCACACGAGGUGAUCACGGUAGACCAACAAUCAUGCUUGAAGUAGUUGCGUCACAAGAUCUUUGGAUAUGGCAUGCAUUUUUUGGUGUUCUAGGAUCCAAUAAUGAUCUCAACGUGUUAAAUCAAUCCCCAUUAUUCACUGAUAUCUUACAAGGGCAAGCUCCGAGAGUUGAGAUUACGAUAAAUGGCACACAAUACAACAAGGGGUACUAUUUAGCAAAUGGUAUCUAUCCAGAGUGGGAUGUUCUCAAAGAUAUUAUGUAUGCAUGCAUCAUAUUGCACAACAUUAUUGUCGAUGAUGAAAGAGAUGCAUAUGAGAGUUUGUUUGAUUUUAAUUAUGAUGACGACCCCGCUGACACCCUAAUAGUUGAAGUAUUGCAUAGACCAAUUUCUGACUUCCCGACAAUGCUUCAAAGAAAUGCUGAAAUUCGUGAUAAAAACAUUCAUCGCAAUCUUCAGGCGGACUUGGUAGAGCACAUAUGGUCAAAAUUUGGAAAUCAUUUUAAUUAG